AUGGUUUCCACCAUCGUAUCCAUCCUGGCCCUUGCCACUGCUGUCCUGGCUCAUCCCCAGCGACACCAUCGCUUCCACUACGCCACCGGCACAGGAGACAGAGGUUCAGGCAUCGCCUUGCCCACGGGCGGAGCGUUCUCAGCCAACGGCACUGAUCACCGCAACGGCACUCACUUUGGAAACUCCUCUGCUAUCGAGUCUCAAGUCGUCACAGCUGUCGAAACCAUCACUGUCAGCCCGAUCCCUCUGGCAUCCGCCACGGACGAUGUCGCUGUGUCCAGUGUCGAUGCUGCUGCUGCCAACGCCGCCGUGUCCAGCGGUUCGUCGUCGUGCACCAGCAGCCUGACUUCGACCAUCACUUCCACAUCCAUCCAAUUCGUCACAUACACCGCGCAGGCUAGCGAUCUGGAGUCUGACGCAGCUGUAGCUGCCUCAGGCUCUUCUGCUGCAGCUGUCUCCACCACAUCUGACAAUGGGCUCGCCAGCCUGACGGGCUCGGCAUCCGUCGACUUUACCGAAACCGCAGCUGCCGGAGCGUUCUUUGGAAGACCACAACAUGGCAACGGGGCAUCAAGCGUCAUCUCCAAUGCUGGAGCUGGCGCAUCGUCAGUAGUCCAGUCCGUGGUGCCGACGACAUUGGCCACGAUUGCCACUGCAGCAUCUGCAUCGAGCGGCUACGGUGCGAGCGUCUCCGUCGUCGCCAGCGUCAGCGGUGGCUCGGGUGGUUCGUCUUCAACCUCCAGCGCCAGCUCAUCAGGCAGCACGGGAGGUUCCACCUCCACCAGCGGCAAGAAGGGUUUAUCGUACAACGACGCGUCUUUGACCUCGGCCUUUGCAGGCAAGGGGAUCAGCUGGGCGUACAACUGGGGCGCGUCACCGGACGGGACCAUCGUCUCUGGAGCCGAAUACGUGCCUCUGCUAUGGGGAUUGAGCUCGACGAGCGCCUGGGCCAGCGCGGCCUCCGCAGCCAUCGCCAGCGGCUCCAAGCAUGCUCUGUCCUUCAACGAGCCCGAUCUGGCCAGCCAGUCCAACAUUGACCCGCAGACCGCCGCCACCAACCACAUCAAGUACAUGAAUCCAUUGGCGGAUCAGGUCGAGAUCGGCUCGCCGGCCAUCACCAACGGCGCCGGCACCAGCCCCCUGAUGGGCAUCGACUGGCUCAACUCCUUCUUCACCGCCUGCGCGGGUAACUGCAAGGUCGACUUUGUUGCUUUCCACUGGUACGCCAGCGCCAGCGCCAUCAGCGACUUCAAGAGCCACGUCAACGCCGUCAUCAAGGCCGCCGCCGACAAUGGCGUCAGCAAAGUCUGGCUCACUGAGUUUGGUGCCUCCGGCUCCGACAGUGACGUCGCUUCCUUUUUGAGCGAAGCCGUCGAGUUCCUCGACUCCACUGACGCCGUCGAGCGAUACGCUUACUUCAUGUGCAGUGAUGGCAUCCUCGUCAAUGGCAACUCCAUCUCCAGUCCUAUCGGUACGGCUUACGCUUGA